AUGCAAUCUGAAAUUGUUGAGAACCCAGGUAAUAAACGGGAUAUUAAUGAAAACGAAGAAUUAAAAGUUAGAGGUCCCGAUAAAAGUCGAGGUCGUGGUUGUGGUCAUUGUAAAAAGGACUGUAAAGGACGUCAUAGAAAUGGAAAUCCUGGAAAGAAAUAA